UAAAUACACAUUCCUAUGCUGGAGAUUUAAAUAAUCCUUUAGAGCACUGCUGAGAGUACCAGAGGCUUUGGCAGACAGAGGAAAACCUACGAAAGAGGAUGAACAAGCUGCAGAGACUGCUUCAGAACAAGAUCCUGAUCCUGACAAUAUGUGCUGCUGGGAUUGGAGGCACUUUCCAAUACGGUUACAACAUCUCCAUCAUCAAUGCUCCAGCUUCAUACAUCCAGACGUUCAUGAACACGACCUGGCUGGAGCGCACGGGCGCUCCCCUGGAGAGCAACGUGAUCCUGCUGCUCUGGUCCUUCACUGUCUCUGCUUAUCCCCUGGGAGGCCUCACUGGGGCUGUGGUUGCUGGUCCCAUGGCCAUCAUGUUGGGAAGGAAGAUGUCCCUGCUGCUGAACAAUGUCUUUGUGAUCAUAGCUGCAGCCUUGUCAGGAUUCAGCCGAAUGGCAAAAUCCUUUGAAAUGAUUAUGCUCGGCAGAUUUUUCACUGGCAUGAAUGCAGGUGUGAGCAUGAAUAUUCAGCCCAUGUAUUUGGCGGAAAGUGCCCCAAAGAAGCUCAGAGGAGCUGUGGCCUUGACCUCUGCAUCGUUUACAGCCCUGGGGUUGGUGCUGGGACAGGUGGUUGGACUCAGGGAGCUCCUAGGCAGGGAGGAGAGCUGGCCAUUCCUUUUAGCAAGCAAUGUGGUACCUGCCCUGAUCCAGCUCACAGCUCUGCCUUGGUUCCCUGAAAGCCCCAGAUACCUCUUGAUUGACCGUGGAGACAAAGAAUCCUGCAUCUCUGCACUGCAGAAGCUCAGAGGCACCAGUGACCUGAGUGCAGAGCUGGAAGAGAUGCUGGCUGAACAGGCUGCUGUUAAAGGUCAGAGAGCAAAGAACCCCUGGGAGCUCUUCCAAAAUCCAUCUCUGAGGUGGCAGCUGGUGAGCAUCGUUGUGCUGAGCAGCGCCAUGCAGCUCUGUGGGAACGACUCGAUGUAUUCUUAUGCAGCUUAUGUGUUCCAAGAGGCUGGAAUUCCUCAGGACAAAAUCCCAUAUGUUGUAAUCGGUACAGGAAGCUGUGAACUGAUCACGUCUGUCACCUGUAACAUGAUUAUAGACUAUGCUGGUCGGAGGCCGCUGCUGCUGGGGGGCUACAUCUUCAUGGCAGGAUGGGCCAUUGUCUUCAUGGUCGCUCUGAGCCAGCAGACUCAGAUUAGCUGGAUGCCUUAUCUCAGCAUGGCCUGCAUUUUCGCCUAUAUCCUGAGCUUUGGAAUCGGACCAGCUGGUGUAACAGGAGUUCUGCCCACAGAGGUUUUUGAUCAGAUGUCCCGGCCAGCUGCUUACAUGAUCUGUGGCUCCCUGCUCUGGUUCAACCUAUUUCUGGUUGGAACAGCCUUUCCAUUCAUCGUGAAAAGUCUAGCACAUUUCUGCUACAUCCCAUUCCUUGUGGUCUGUGUCUGCACUGCACUCUACGUUGGAUUUUUCCUUCCUGAGACAAAGGGAAAGUCCUUCCUGGAAAUCUCGGAGGAGUUCAAGAAACGGAACUUCAAAACUAAAGCCCAUGCGGGUUUCUAUAAAGGCCCUGAAGAGAUCAAAACCACCACACUGGUUUUGCACCUGUGCUCUGCUAAUGCUGUACCAGCUUUGUUUGCUGCUUUUAUUUCCUGCCAGAAAAUGAGCUACAACCUCUUUCUGCUGCCUUUUGUCCUGGGCAUUGGUGGAGGUUUCCAGUAUGGGUUGCAGGUCUCCAUUAUUAAUUCUCCUGCUGAGUACAUCAAGAGUUUCAUCCGUGAGACCUGGCUGAAGAGAUAUGGCUCCUCUCCCAGUGAAGACAUGAUCACUCUGAUGUGGUCCUUCAUUGUGUCCAUUUACAGCAUCGGGGGGCUCCUGGGCUCCUCCUCUACCGGAUACUUGGCUGUUAGAUUUGGAAGGAAAAAGUCCAUGCUCCUUGCCAACAUCCCUGCUCUGCUGAGCGCAGCUCUGAUGGCACUCAGCCGGCUGUGCGGGUCUUUUGAGAUGAUCAUCGCUGGAAGGUUUUCUGCUGGACUGUGUGCAGGUUUAUCUCUGAAUAUCCACCUCAUGUAUUCUGGGGAAUGUGCCCCACGGAAGCUCCGUGGGCUGAUUGCCAUAACAGCUUCUACUGCCGUUGCCUUUGGAAAAUUCGUAGGAUUUGCUCUGGGUCUCAGAGAAGUUCUUGGAGCAGAGGCUCUCUGGCCUGUUCUCUUGGCAGCCAAUGCAGUUCCUGCCCUCAUUCAGCUUCUCACCCUCCCCUUCUUCCCAGACUCUCCCCGCUACCUCCUCAUUGACAAAAAGGACAAGGAGGCAUGCAUUAAAGCUGUGGAGCAGCUCUGGGGGGAUGGAGACCACAUGGCCGAAAUAAAUGACAUGAUUUCAGAGGAAGAAGCCAUCCGUGGGGAGAAGGCCAAGGGUCUUUGUGACCUGCUCCGUGACAGAGCUGUGCGUUGGCAGCUCAUCACUCUCUUCCUCGUGGCCUCGUGCUCACAUUUCAACGGGGGCAUUGUGGUUUACUUUUAUGCAUACAAUAUCUUCAUAAAAGCUGGAAUCCCCCCUGAUCAAAUCCAUUAUGUCUCACUGGGGCUUGGGACCACCGAGAUCCUCUCCACAGCUCUGUGUGGUAUCCUCAUUGAGCGUGCAGGGAGGAAGACACUGCUGUGGAAAAACUACACAGUGAUGACCCUUGCUUUAGGGCUCCUCACAGUCACACUCUUCCUACAGGAUUCCUUUUUCUGGGUACCAUACUGCUCUGUUGCACUUGUCUUUAUUUUCAUCCUGAGCUUUGGUGUUGGGCCAGGUGGUGUGUUAUGCUCCUUGAUCACAGAAAUUUUUAUUCAGUCAUACAGAGCAGCUGCUGUUGUUUUUAAUGGUCUUGUAAGCUGGAUCCAGCUCUUCAUCCUUGGACUUGUCUUCCCUUUCAUUGUGGAAGGCCUUGGUAAUUUCUGUUUCCUCAUUUUCCUGACGUACUGUCUGACCGUGGCUGUCUUUGUCUUCCUGGUGAUGCCAGAACCCAAAGGAAAGACCAUGCUGCAGAUCCUGGAGGAGUUCAACCGCCUCAACUACCGCGGAAAGAAGAGACAGACAGUCCUACAGCAGAGUAACUGCUCGGUGAUGACUGUCACUAGACUUUAACAACAAACCCUCCGCUUCAUAUUUUGCUCCUUUAUUACUGUAGUGCCCAGAAGCCUCAUUAAGCAAUAGAGAAUCCGUUGCUCCACAAAGAGCACAAGUGUGUAUUUUAAAAAUAAUCACCUGCAGUGCAGGGUGCAGGAUGAACUUAGUCGUUCUCUCCAACUCCUGAAACAUGAGCUGAAUUAAUUCCUCUGCAGAAAAAAAAUUGAACACAAUAUAUAAAGAAAUUUUGUCAGUCCCUCCAAGUUAGCAGUUGGUAAACUGAAAACAUAGGAUCUGCUAUUUUUCUUGGCAAAACCAGGACUCCACAGUUGGAGAACAUGAGUCUGGAAGGUCCAGAGAUACAGCAGGUUUGCAAAGGUGAGAGCAAAAAAAGACAGAGCUUUGGUGUUGAAAUUAUCUGCUGUUAACAAGUCAGUGGUGAUGAGCUUUCCCAGACAAGAAGCUUCAGUCCAGAAGAAAAGAAGUGUUUAGCUCCUUAAUGCAGUGGAAGAAGAGCACCUUGCCUAUCAGUAGACAGAAUCAAAAUGCACCAUUUCUGCCUCUUCAACUGGAAAAAAAUCCCUAGGGAUAUGUGAGCACUGAAAGAAAGCACGAGCAAAGAAAGCAGAGCUGCAGGGAAUCAUGAGUGGGCAAAGCCAUGGUGGGCAGGUUCUCCUUCUUGAUCGUGCAGUGUGUCUUCAGCCUGGAGAACACUGGGUUUCAAUGGGAUUGACUCCUGAGAGUAACUGGUACCAGUGAGACAAAAGAGAGUGGUGCCUCUCCUGGAGAACCCAAUCUAUGUGUCUGAGUGUUUGCUUCUCUCUCCAGGUGUCUGAAUACUCCACAUUUUCCUUAUAAAACAUAGUAAAAAGGGCUUCACUUUUUGUAGUCAUUGCUAUAUGACAUGACACAUUUUUGGUCUUCUUCAUGCUUUGCAGUUUACUGGUAAAGAAAUAAAAAGCACUGACUAGGAAAACACACCCUACUGAUCAUGCCUGGAUUUGGUUUUCAUUAAAUGAAGAGUCAGGGACAGAGGAGAGGCCAUCUUUUGGGACUGUGUUAUUGGGGUCAAGGAACACUGUAUCUGUCUUUUCUGGAAAUGAGAUCUUCACUACUGACUGAUGCAGGUGCCACACAAUAAAAUUUGCAAAAGGACUUGAA